AUGAAAAUCAGCCGACUAUUUAUUCUUCUUAAACUCUUAUAGAUUUGUUACUGUACAAUUGAAGAAUUAUCUUAACAAAACCCCACUAUAACAAAAUAUACUGAUCUCUUAUCUAAUAAGUAUUAUGGAAUGGUAAGCUUCUAUUCACCAUUAUCAUCAAUGACCAAUUUUAUUAGUGACAUAGUUCAAUUAGUAGAUAAGUCAUUUCUAUUUUCUGCUAAUUUUAAUAACUAGUUUUCCAUUAUUGCAUAUUGCAAACACAAUCUCUAAACUAAAGAAAUAACUCAUACAUUAAUAUUAGUUUAAUAACAAUAAAUAUAAGAAUAAUAAUUUGUUGUUUCAUUUGACCCAUUAUUAUAUGAAGGCUAACUUAUUUGUACAUCUUUUUACUAUGAUGCUGAACUAUAAAAUCUUCAAUUUAUAAUUUAAACUAAAAAUGAUAUGUAAUAAAAAAAUUUCAAUCAAAUUAAUUUAGAAUUAACAAAUGUUAAGUUUGUAUUUGGUGGAGUAAAUUAAAAUUUAGAGUUUAGUAGUUUUUAAGGGUAGUUAUAUCCUAUGUUAGCGGAUAAUUAAGUAAAUAUUUAUUUUUAUUUGAAUUAUCUAAUUGCUCUUAAUUAAUGUUCUUAAUUUGAAGAGACAUUUAUAUUUGAUUAAAAAGAAUAUAAUCAAGAAAAUAAUUGGCAACUUACAUUACCAUUCAUUGUUUUUAAGGAUUAUUCUAUAUACUUUUGGCAUAGAUUUACAACACCUAUAGAAUUUUUAGAUCUAGUAUCCUUAAUACAUAUAAACACUUAAAUUGAGUUUAAUCUAAAUUAUUCUUUAGGAACUAAUACUCUCAUGAUUAAUUACUAAUUAUAAUAAAAUAAAUAGAUUUUGAUAUCUGUUAAAUAUUAUUCAUAUGAAUUUCCAUAUAUAUAAUAUAAUACAGAUUAUAUUAGAUCAUUAAUUAAAGAAUAUUAAAUUGAAGAAAUAGAUUCAUAUCUAAUUUAUUAAUGGCAUUUUACAACUAUUCAAUAUUAAUAUAAUAGCUUAUUUAUUUAAAUAUAUUAUCCAGAUUAAUAGAAAAAUGUUAAUUUUAAGGAUGAUACUGUAAAACAAUUUUCUUAUUCCUAAUUUUCUUUAAUAUUUGGAGAGAAUUUAAAUUAAAAAUAAUAUAAUGGACAAAUAAAUUAGUUUAAAUUUAAAAAUUGUUAGGAAGAAUUCAUAGAUACUUAUCAAUGUCAUUUUUCAUGUAAUACUUGUAAUGGACCUUUGAAAAACAGUUGUUUAACUUGUCCUGAGAAUUCGUAUCGAAAUUAUAAUCCUGAGAGUCAUACUUGCACAUGUUAAAUUUGGACUUUAGAAUAAAAUUAAACAAAAUGUUUCUCUAUUUCUCAUAUUGAUUAAAUGACAAUAAAAUACAUUGAAAAAUCUAAUAAAAAAAAUUAUGAUUAAAUUGAACCUUAUAUAGUAUGUUCAUAUGGAUAUUUCUUAUAUGAAGAUGAUUGCUAUUAAUGGUAAAUUUAUUAAUUAUAUAGAAUAGUCCUUUAGCUUCUCAAAAAGGAGAUUUAAUAUGUCUUGAAUGUUUAGAUAAUUGGUAAAAUUGGAUUCAAAAUCCUAUAUGUAAGGAAUAUGUGCUUAACAAAAUCAUUUAUGAUCAUGAAAAAUAGGAAUAUAACUAUGUAGUUGAUUAUUUAAAUAUUCCUUCUUUGUAUCUCUUUGUUGAUCAUGAAUUAAAAUUGUGUAAUUAUUGUACUUAAUUUUGUAUGCAUUCUUCUCUAACAUAUUAAUGUAAAUAAAUAAAAGAAAAACAUUUAGGUAAGGAUACUUAUGUAGAAUGUUUAUAUUUUUAUAAUAGUUAGACCUUAUCUUGUUUACCUCCUAAUUAGAUUUUAAAUGACGGUCGUUGUUCAGGAUAGGGUUGUAAUAGUUAAUGUAAAUGUUGUGGUAUUGAUAAUCAUUGUAUUGAAUGUAUUAAUGAAAAUGAUCUUUUACUUUUGAAUAAAAAAGAUUGUGUUUAAUGUACAAUUCCUAAUUGUAAAAUGUGUUUUCAAUAUCUUAAAUAAUCAGAUGGAAUAUUGAUUUCAACCCUCACCUAUACUAAUUAUUAUGAAAUCAUUACUAAUGAGGAUUAUAUAAUAGGAUGUGCUUUAUGUGAGGACAAUUACAUUUACAAUUUCAUAUUAAAUAUUUGUUAAUUAAAAUUACAAAUUUCUGAAUUUUGUGAUAAUUAUCUUAUUGAUCAAUUUAAUUAACCAAUUUGUUUGACUACAUAAACAUAAAAUUUUAAUGAAGGAAUCGAAAUUUCAAAUUGCUCUAAAUUUUUAAAAUCCUGUUUAAAUUGCGUUAAAUCAAAUAUAAAUAAACUAUUUUGUACAACUUGUUAAUAAGGCUUUUUUUAAAAUUCUUUAGGAUAUUGUUAAUCUUGUGAUGAGAAAUUCAUAGAAUGUAAAUUAAGUUACCCUAAUUAAUAUGAAAUUACUAUGAAAUAAUUAUAACCAUUUCUAUUAGCUAUUUCUAAAGGAUAAAAACUUUUUUAUCCUCCUUUAUAUGCUUAUUAAGUUUAAAUUGGUAUUUGUUAACAAAGUGACUAAUGGUCUUAAAAUUGCAAUAAAGCUAGGAAUGUUAAUUAUUGCAAAAAAUAUUAUACUAAUGUUUGUAUAGAAUGUAUCUCAGAUGAUACUUAAAUCAUUACUUUAUAUGUAGGAAUAUGCUAUUUAUGUUCUUAUCAAUGCAAAAUAUGUCUACCAUCUUUGUUAAAUAAAUCAGAAAUAAAAUGUUUUCACACUGAUUCUUAAACUAAUUAUAUUGAUUAACUUUCAAGUAGGGUAAAAAUAAAAAGAGAAAAUGAUUCUAAAUAUUUAUCUGAAUUAACUGUUGAAAAUUUAAGUUGGAUUGAUGAAUAUUAAGAUGUCUUUAAUUAGUAAUUGUUUUAAAGAAUGAAUUUUAUAUAUCUUUUGAAUAAUACUUUUGGACAAUAUUUUUACAAAAGAUUAACAUAAAAUAUUUCACAAUAUUAUGAAAAUCUUAUUAUUUAAUAAAUAACAGUAUACUAGGAUGGUAUAUUACAAGAAUAAAUUAGAUCUUUAGUCAUUGUAGAUUAUUAAAUCAUUAAUUUAAAUAAUCUUAGUAUUUCAAUUUAAAAUUUAAAUAAAGAUGAAAUAAUUAAUACAUCUUCAAAAUAUGGAUAGGAUAUAUAUAUUAAUAAUCUUAUACUUAAUUAAAUUAAUUAUGUAAAUCUCUAAAAAUAAAUAUUCCUUUUUAAUAAUAUUACUAGUCUAUUCAUCAAUAAUCUGACUAUUAUCAAUAUUGAUUUAUAAAACUUCCAUUUAUUUAAACUUUCUAUUUUUAGUUAAUCUACAAGAAUUAAUAUCACUUUAGUAAAUAUUAAACUAUUAAAUUGUAAAUUAAUAAAUUCUAGUAUUUUUUCAAUGACAUAAAUAUUAGAUAUAUUUGAUUAGAAUACAAUUGUUUUAAUACAUAUUCAAUUUUAAAAUUGCAUAUUUUUUAAUUCUUAUUUUUUUUUAUUUUAGGACAACUUAUUGUGUUUUAAUUUAUAAUCUUUAUUAAUUGAUAAUCUUAUUAUUUAGCAAAGCAACUUUACUUCAAGUUAAAUAUUUUCUAAUUAUACAGCAACAUAAACUAAAUUAUCUUUUAUAACUUUUAUGAAAAAUUAAAUUAAUAAUUCAAAUUUUUUUGUAGCAGAUCUUAUAUUUGAAGUUUACUCUACUAAAAUUGAAUAUACAUCUAUCAGAAAUAGUUAAUUUAUAUAUUUUAAAUAAUAACUUUCAGCUGCUUAUCAAAAAGAAUUACUUAUAAUCAAUAAAAUAUUUAUAUCGUAAUUAUAAACAGAUUCAUCUUUACUGAGCAUAUCAUAAAAUAUUAUUAGAUAUAUUGAAUUUUAGAAUAUAGAAGUUAGAGAUUUAAUAUAAAUAAAAAAUGAUCAACAAAAAUCAUCUGAUCUAUUUUUAUUAUAAGCAAAUAUACUAAUAAUUAAUAAUUACUUUAGUUAUAAUUAUAAUUCUAAUCAAAUUUAAAUUGCUAUUCUAAAUUCUAAUAUAAUAAAAUUAUCCAAUAUUUUCAUAGAAGAAUAGUAAAAUGAUAUCAGAAUAAAUCAUGAAAUAGAAUUUUUUAAUUGUCCAUUACAAUAGCAAUUUUUAAAUGUUUAUAAUUUCACUUCAUUUAUGAUAGAUAACUUCUAAAUCUAAAAUAUCAUGAUUUGCAAUAAUAACUUUAUUAAAAUAGAAGAUAUUCAAAAUUAUGUUACUCUAAAAUUACAAAAUGUUAAUUUUAAUGAUAUUUUACUCUUAUAAAUUUAGGGUACUUCUUAAACAUCUAUUAUUGCUAUUUCUAUAUCAAAAUAAUCAAUUAUAUAAUUUAAAUCAUUUACUAUUACAAAUGUAUUUGGAAAUAAUUAUGAAAGAUUAAGAAAAGUAUCUGAAUAAUUAACAAUAGUUUCUAUUGUUGCUCCUUAAAGCAAUUUAGAAAUAUUAAAUAGUUAUUUUAAAAGUAAUAUUAUCACUAAUACUACUAAUGCUUUAAUCUAUUUAGAAUCCAAAUCAAUUUCAAUUGAUAAUUUUACUAAUAUGGAGUCAAAUUAUUUUACAGAAUUAAUAUACACUCACUUAAACUAAGAAUACACUAAGAUAUCUAUUAAAUCUCUCUAAUAAUUAUUUCCAAUUAAAUCAGAGGGAAGUAUUUUAAAUAUUCUAUGUUAAUAUUUAAAUUUAAAUAAUCUUAAUAAUGAAAAUUCUGUUGCUUUGUUGGGGGGAUUUUGUAAGAUUGAAUUGAUUUUAGAUUGUGAAUUAUCAGUGUUAAAUAGUAAUAUACGUAAUAGUAAAUCGAUUUAGGCAUAAGAAAGCAAAGGGGGAUCCUUUUAUAUAAAUGCUAAAGAUACAAAUUUAAUAAUGAAAUUAAUAAAUAUAACUAUCUCAAAUUCAUAUUCCCUAUAUGAUGGUGGAUUUAUAUAUUUAAUUCCAUCUGAUAGUUCAAAUUUCUUGAUUCUAGAAAAUAUAAAAGCCAAAAGUGUUUUUUCAAUAUUUAGAGGUUUUAUGAGUGCUGAAUUUUCUUUAUAAACAAGUGAGAAUUUUGUGGUUCUAAAGAAUAUUGAUAUUCAAUUAGAUUACACCUAGAUUGAGGAUAUAACAAGUAAUUAUGAUGUAUUAAAAAAUAAUGAACUAGAUUAUAUUAAAAUAAAAAAUGGUUAUUUUUAUUUCAAUUACUGGUAUAUUUAUAUAAAUUAAAUUUAGCCAAUUAUAAGUAAACAACAUCAACCUAUAAUUCUAAAUUAUUACAUAACCUAUUUUCUAACUAACAAAUAUGCAAAAUCUACAUAUAUUGAAUUUCUAUUUAGAAGUUGGUGAAUAAACAAGUAACACAAUAAUAGAAUUUGAAUCAAUUAAGAGUAAGAAAAUAAAUAAUUAUUUAGAUUCUUAAGACAAAGAUUUAAUUAUUUAAUAAUUCUAGGCUAGACAAACUAAAGUUAUAAUUCCUGAAGCCUUUUACGCUCAAUCAUGUAAGUCUAUUUAUUAAUAUGAAAUUAUCCAUAUAUAAUAUCUAAGUGAAAAAUCAUUUAUUUUGAAAAAUAAUAAUUGCUUGAUAAAUUAAUUAUCAAAAGUGUAUUAAAAUGUUGAAAGCAUAAUUUAGAUAAGACUUUUAGAUAAUUUUAAGAAUUUUUAAUUUUCUAAUGGUUUUGUACUUAAUUUUCAUAAAAAUUCUUAUUCAAUAGCUUUAAUUGAUAUUUAUUAAUAAACUUAAGUUAAAUCAAAAUUUGAGUUAUUAUAUCUAUUAAAUAAUAAAUGUACUCUAUCUACUUGUUUAAGAAUUAGUACUAAUGACUAGUAUAAAUUGGAUGUAGUAAUUUUAAAAUAAAUAUACAUGUUAAAUAAUGAUAAUUCAAAAUAUGGUUAACUAAGUCUUUAAAAUAUAAGUUAUUUAAUUAAAUAAUCAUAUUUUAUGAAUAAUAAGGCAAUAGAAAUGGCAGGGGCAGUUUAUAUACAAAAUAGUCCUCUCAAAAUUAAAAAAUCUUACUUCAUUAAUAAUAGUGCUCCAUUGGUAGGUGCAAUAUAUUGUUCAAAUAUCUCAAUCAAGGAUAGAUAAGUAUUAACUUCUACUUCAUUCUUUUAUAAUAAUCUAGCUAUAUAAGCAAUUAAUACUUUGGGAAUUGAAUUUUAUUCCUUAAGUAUGAGUCAACCAUUAGAAAAGAAUCAAAUUAUUACAGAUUAUCCAUAAUUAUCUAAAUCAAAAAAUUAGAGCAAUUCUGAAUUAUAUUUUGUCUAUUUACCUAGUGGUUAGACAAUUAAAUAAUAUUAAAUUUUUGACACUAAAAUACUCAGAUAUCAAAACUAAGAACUUUCACUUAAAUUUAUAAUUUUAAAUUAUUUUAAAGAAAAACAAAUUUUAAAUAAUUAUUCUAUAUAAUGCAACAUUACACCUAAUUAUAUAGAUAAGGACUUCAAUAUUUUAUAGAAGAAUAACAUAACUAUUUUCACUGCUGAAUUCAAUAAAGAUUAAAAUGAAUUAAAUUUAGAAAACUAUACAUUUAUAUUGAAUCCAUAUUCUGAAAACUUAUUAAAAAUCCAAUUAUCAUGCAAUAAUAUUGAAUAAAAUGAUAAUAAUUAUUAUGAAUUAUUUGCAAAAACAUAUAAAUGCUAGAUGGGAGAGUAUUUCUAUGAAGAUUAAUGUUUAAAAUGCAAUGCAUCUAGAGGAUAUUAUAGUGUUAAUCCAUUAAAUGGAGAAUGCAUUAAAGCAAAUCCUGAAUCUAUAAAAAAUCAUACAGAAAAUUUAUUAAAUCUUUAUGAAGGAUUUUGGAGAUUGAAUAUUUUAACUCCUAUUGGUGAAUAUUGUUCAAACAACCCAUCAAAUUGUUUAGGGGGAUGGGAAACAGGAGAUAUAACAUGUAUGAUAGGUCAUGUAGGAGCUUUAUGUGAGGCAUGCGAUAUUUAUAAUUUGAGAGGUAAGGGUCAAUACUCAAAAAGUAGAGAUUAUAAAUGUUCUUAAUGUGAAGAUUAUGGUUUCUUAAUUGCUGAAUUUCUGUUAGCUUUUAUAUGGGCUUUUUCAUAAAUAGUUUUGGCUGUAAAAAGUACUUAAUUAUAAAAUCAAAAGUUUCUUUUGUCUAAAUCUUAAACAAAAUUUUAUGAUAUUUUAGUAAGGCUAUCUUAAGGUAAAUUAUAUUUAUGAAAUAUAGAUUAAUCUAGUUCUGUUAUCAAACUAAUAAGUAAUUAUUUUCAGAUUAUAAUGGUAAUCUAUACAUUUAAGGUUGAAUUUAUUUCAAAUUUAGAUACCUUAUUUUAAUUUAUCGGUAAUUCUACUUACUCAACUACUUAUAAUUUUGAUUGCUAUAUAUCCAAGAUUGAGUAAUUAGACAUAAUUUAUUUGAAUUUGAUUUGGAUCUUAUAAGUUUAAUUUUUGUAGUAUAUCCUUUAUCUUUUAUUAUCAUUCUUUAUUAAAUUAUCAAGACCAAGAUUUUUUUCUUUGGAGACAGUUUAUUCAUCAUUCUAUUACUUAUAUUUAUCAGGACAAAUUAACCUCAUAAAAUUGUAAAUUUUGAUAUAAUAAUUUAGAUUAGCUUAAUUAAUUACUCCAAAAACAAUAAGUAAUGUGUAAUGGAUCUCAGCAAAUCUUUCUUAUCGUUAUUGGACAGACACUCAUUAGAAGGUAUUUUUUUCUCUUAUUUUACCUUUAUUAAUUAUUUUUGGAUUAUUUAUUCCUUUAUUUUUAUUUAUAAAACUAUCUGAAAACAAAUUUAAUUUAAAUAAUUAUAAGAUUAAAUAGAAAUAUGGAUAUUUAUUUAAUGAAUAUUCUAAAACUCAUUAUUAUUGGGAAUCUGUAAAAUUAAUGUACAGAUAAUUAUUAAUACUCAUUAUAGUAUUACUACAAGAUUAUAUUGUAAUUAAGGGUAUAAUGUUGAUUGGAUUACUUUUUGCUUAUUAAAUUAUUUUUAGUAUAAGUAAACCAUAUAAUGUUGGAAAACUUAAUUAAUUUGAAUUAUAAGCAAUUUAAAUAUGUAUAUGGUCAUUCCUUUUAUGCAUUUUAUAAUAUGAAAUAUAAGAAUUCAAUUAAUGGCUAAAUAUUAUAUGUUAGCUGCUCAUUUUAAUGUCACUAAUAAUAUUAAUAGUUAAAUCUAUCUAAAAGUUCAUUCAAGUUUUUAGUUCAAAAUAUGAAUAAGUAAUUGACUACAUUAAGAAUGCGAUAGUAAGAUGCCUAAAUUUAUAAUAACUAUAAAAUUCAAAAUUAUUUGAAUUGAGUAGCAAAAGAAAAGCAAGAGUAUAAAAAUAUUUUAAAGUAAUUAAACUACAUGUUUUUAAAAGAGUUCACACAAAUAUAAAUAUAUAAUAAACCUAAAAUGUUGAAAUUAUGUUAUGUUCAAGUUUAUCGCCUUCUUAAAAAUAAAUAACUCCAGGAAGAAGAUUUUUAUGA